AUGAAGGCUGUGGUUUUCCUUCUUGUCUCUCUGCUUGCAGUAGCUUCUUGCAAAAAAAUCAGCUACCAGAAGUGCCCGUCUACUAAAGAGCUGGGUGAAAUCGUCUCUAUUGAUGUAGCGCCGUGCGAGGAAGAACCGUGCGUUCUGAAGAAAGGAAGUAAUGAAACAGUCACCAUCACCUUCAUCCCGCACGAAGUUGUCACCGGCGCUAAGAUUUACGCAUACGCUAUCAAGGGACUGAUACAUGUGCGCCUUCCGGUGCCGAAUCCCAAUGCGUGUCAAGACCACGGAUUAUCUUGUCCAUUGAAGAGCGGUGUACAAGUGGAGUUUGUUUUGGUCGAAUUCGUCUCACCCACUAUCCCCAGCGGUGACGUGAAAGUAGAAGCGCAAAUCAAAGAUCAAGAUGGCAAGUCUCUGAUCUGUGGGAUUGUUAAGUUGCAUAUUCAGUGA